CCCGUAACUUUCUCUCGUUUAUGACAUUUAUCUUCUUUAUAGUGAGCGCUGCUAGUCCUAUACAAAGUGGGUCCAAGGUAAAAUCACACGGGUAAAAAGAGAAAGCUGUGUUAUACAACAGAUAGAAAGCAGAGGAUCCUUUAUAACGACAAAAUUUCCCACUAAAGUGCAGUCAGUGUGUUCGAGUCGGUUAAAACGCGCAUAGCAACAAUGUCGGAAGAGAACUGGAAAUUCGAAUACCAUCAAAUACCCAAAACCCUCACCGAAUCCUUCAAGGAAUUAUUCACUGGUUACGAUGAAGGUCUUGUGCGGAUGGAACCGGGCGGAUUUGUCACAUCUCCCACCUAUGCCAAACACGCCGAGAAGAUUUACCGAAUGAAGCCGAGGAGCGAAGACGUUUGGCUUCUCACUUUUCCCAAAUGUGGAACUACAUGGACUUGCGAGUUGUUGUGGUUGCUACAAAAUAAUUGCGAUUACGAAACAGCCAGCAAAACGGGACUUACCUUACGAACUCCAUUCUUAGAGAUGCCUUAUUUGAGCACCAAGAUGCAAACGAUGAGAGAGAUGUUUAUGAAUGUGGACAAGGUGGAACAACUUCCGUCGCCCAGAGUUAUUCGACCGCAUAUGCCGAUGUACCUGCUUCCUCCUACUCUGCUCGACACCGCCAAGGUUGUUUACGUGGCCCGCAAUCCAAAGGAUGUUAUUGUGUCUUAUUAUUUUCACCACAAGUUGAUUAAGUUGCAUGGAUUCACGGGAACUAUGGAUGAAUUCGCCGAAUUCUUCAUGGAUGACGAAGUAUUCAAUGCGCCGUACUUUGCCCACAUUUUGGAAGCCUGGUCGAAACGUGAUCAUCCCAACAUGCAUUUCAUGUUCUACGAGGAUAUGAAGAGGAAUUUACGUGGAGAAAUCGAGAAGGUGGCCGCUUUCCUUGGAAAAACCCUUGGCGAAGAAGAGCUAGUCAAAUUGACGGAGCAUUUGAAAUUCGAUAAUUUUAAGACAAACGAAUCUGUCAAUAAUGAAUCGGGGAAAAAGACUGGCGCUUUCAACCAGGAGGGAAACUUUAUCCGUAAAGGUAAAACGGGAGACUGGAAAAAUCACUUUAGCCCAGAGUUGAACAGCCGGAUCGAUGCUUGGAUAGAGAAAAAUUUAGCCGGAACUGAUCUGAAGUUUGUCACUGAAUUAGAAUAUCAAGAUUAAUUUUUU